AUGGUAGCCAGAACAAUAAGACAAAAUUCUCCAGAAUCAGCUUUCAGUGAUUUCACCUAUCAAUUCAACAACACCAUUGAAGGAAACCUAAUUGGGCACCUCAGAAGAUAUGGCCAAGCCACUCUGUACGAAUUAAUAGAGUGUGUGGCGAGCAAUAAGAAUCUCCGGACCAAACACUCAAAAAGAUAUAGAAACAAAAAUAUUGAAAAGCUAACUCUAUCAAAACUCGUAGCCAAGCAGCAUAUUUUCAUCGAAAACCAAAACGGUCUUUGGGCACUUGAUGUAAUUAUUAUUUAGGAAAAGGCUGCCACAGAAUAUGAGCAAAAAAAAAUUUUAGAGAUCAAGGAAAUAAAAGAAAAGAAGCAUGAAAUAAGGGCAAAAUUAAAUAAAAAAGAUAAAACCAAGCAAGAAAAAUUCAAAAUUUUUAACGAGUUGAUCGAUAUGGAUAUUUUUCUUAAGCUCGAGCAGCUUGAAGAAAUUUUAGAAUCUUCCAAUGAAAGUGCUCAAAAACAAAUUUUUGAAUUUUUUGAGCCUUUGUCUAUCACUAAUACAAUUUCUAACAGCUAA